AUGGCUAUGGAGGACGCUGAGCAACCGCUUCUUUCCCCUCGGCUAGUUGGCGAGGACAGCCACCACCAGGAGCAGUUACUUUCUAGACCAUCAAACACCACCUUCACGCCCGGCAUCGAUGACAUCCCACCGAUCAACGGCGUCCGUGACUUCUUCAGAGAAUACCUGAUAGAGUCCAAGAAGCUCUGGUUCCUUGCUGGCCCCGCCAUCUUCACAUCUCUCUGCCGAUACUCCCUCGGCGCUAUCACUCAAGUCUUUUCCGGCCAAGUUGGCACUCUAGCUCUUGCCGCCGUCUCCGUGGAGAAUUCAGUCAUCGCCGGUUUCUCCUUUGGCAUCAUGCUUGGGAUGGGAAGUGCACUCGAAACUUUAUGCGGCCAAGCAUUUGGAGCAGGGCAGGUUGAUAUGUUAGGGGUGUACAUGCAAAGAUCAUGGGUCAUCCUCAACUCAACGGCUUUGAUGUUAAGCUUGUUAUACAUAUUUGCGGCAAAAUUUUUGAGGGUAAUAGGCCAAACAGAAAGCAUAUCGAAGGCGGCCGGAAUGUUCGCAAUAUGGAUGUUGCCUCAACUGUUUGCUUACGCGUUCAACUUUCCGAUGGCGAAGUUCUUACAGGCGCAGAGCAAGAUCAUGGUGAUGGCGGUGAUAGCAGGAGUGGCGUUGGUUCUGCACACUGUAUUAAGCUGGCUCUUGAUGCUAAAGCUGGGAUGGGGCCUAGUAGGUGCAGCCGUUGUUUUAAAUAUGUCGUGGAUUUUCAUUGUUGUGGCUCAGUUUUUGUACAUAAUUAGCGGUGCAUGUGAUCGGACUUGGACCGGCUUCUCUGGGAAGGCAUUUCAACAUCUGUGGGGUUUUGUUAGAUUGUCUUUAGCUUCAGCAGUAAUGCUCUGUUUAGAGGUAUGGUAUUUCAUGGCAUUGAUACUUUUCGCUGGAUACCUAACGAACGCCGAAGUAUCAGUGGAUGCGUUGUCUAUCUGUAUGAACAUAUUGGGAUGGACAAUCAUGGUGGCUAUGGGAAUGAAUGCAGCUAUAAGCGUGAGGGUUUCAAAUGAAUUGGGAUCAGGGCAUCCUAGAACAGCGAAAUUUUCAUUGUUGGUGGCAGUGUCGUAUUCAUUUAUGAUUGGUGUUACGAUAGCCCUUAUUCUUAUCAUCUUCAGAAACCAUUAUCCCUACUUGUUUUCAAACGAUUCACAAGUUCAAGAGAUGGUUAUAGACCUCACGCCACUCUUGGCCCUUUGCAUUACCAUCAACAAUGUUCAACCUGUCCUCUCAGGAAUGGCGGUUGGAGCUGGAUGGCAGACUGCUGUUGCAUACGUAAAUAUUACGUGUUACUAUCUGUUUGGAGUUCCUUUAGGUCUGACGUUAGGUUUCCUGCUUCACAUGGGUGUCAAGGGAAUUUGGUGUGGGAUGUUAACAGGAACAGUCGUCCAAACUUGUGUACUACUUGGAAUGAUUUACAAAACCAGUUGGAAUAAAGAGGCUUCAAUGGCGGGGGAGAGGAUAAAGAAAUGGGGAGGGGGGAGGUGACGUUGACAAUGAAGAGACGAACAUGUUAAAAAAUAGUAAUAACUGAAGAGAAUGUUAAGCACUUCAAGCAGUACCUAAAAGCGUGGACUGAAAUAUUUUCGUCCAUUAUUAUCUCCCCAAUUAACUUGGAUAUUAGAAAGUUUAUUUUUAUCUUUUAUGUUUUGAGGUAUCUAUUUCAUAAUAAUUGAUUAGUUUUUUGCCCAUGCAUUUAAACUCUUUCAUGGUAUCACAAGCCUAAAGCUAAACGGUAUUUGUUUUAUCUGUUCUCUUAUUGGAAUGAACGAAAUUAUUGUAA